UCCUUCCCCAUCCCUGUUCCUCUCCCUUUCCUCACCCCCCUUCACUCCCCCUCACAGUUUCUCCCACCCUCCUUCCGCCCUGCCCCAUCUCCACAGCCAGAGGAGCCCCCUUCCCACCAGCUGCAGGAUGGGCACCGUUCCCACCACGCGCUUGGGAAUCCUUUCAAGUCUAGCCCCCCUUUGCUGCACAUUCGCACCCAGAGCAAUCCGUGAGCUGCCAGGACAGUAGGUGCCAUUCUCCCGGCGUACCGUGUAGUAACUGCAAAAACCGCGACACUAGGGGCCCCAAAGCACAACGUGGGUUAACAGUAAUAAAGAACAGUCUAGGUCAGGCUGGGCAUCAGAUCUCUGCCCAUCCAGUGACUGAGAGCCUGGUACUGAGAACUGAAUCAUGAUCCUGUGGCAGCAUAGAAUACUACCACCACCAUACUACCUAGUGACAGCAUUAUGGUUCUUGGGGGGUCCCCAAGCAAGAACAUGGCCUAAAGCUGCUGGAAGCGAAUAUCAAACCAUGGGUUGCUGCCCAGUCAGCACUUCCCUGGCAAAAAACAUCUACUGGGCACUUAAUAAAAGUUCUUUCAGCUAUAAUUGUGUGGGGAAACAGUGACACCCAGUGGGUACUAAGGGCAGUAAAUGUCUAUUCCAAGGUCUCAUCACAUCAAAUUCUUUCCAAGGCAACACUGUAUUCAGAAUCCAUGAUUCCAGCAAGCCACAAAGACUCUCCUACUAAAAUCAGGGUGAAAUGUGUGCGACGUUUGGCAAAAAUCUACCUUGAUUUUUAUUUGCUGCCUCCCUACCAGAAUAUGUCUAGAAAUGAAGACACCUAUGUGGAGUCCUGUACAACACUUUCCUGACAAGUUUCUUUGUGGCCUGAUUGUCACAGCCAGUCUUUUCCUUCUCUCAGAAACAAAUUUCCUGAAAGGAAAAAAACUGGAUUUAUUUGGAAGGAACGAUAAGUAUGUCUCCUUGGCCAACACCAGCAUCCCCUCACUAUGCCAAUUCACUGUGUGCAUUGAUCUAUACAGAAGCACAAAUGUCAGUUCUUGGACAGCAUUUUCGUACCAUACAAACAGCAACUCCACUGACAUAAAUGAUCUCGAGCUCGGACUCUGCGGUGAAAACAAACAUCUAAGACUGUAUCUUUUUGGCACAACGAUAGACAUUGAACGUGAUUUAAUUCUUUUUAUAUGGCACAGUGUGUGCUGCAUAUGGGAUGGUAAUAAGGGACUGCUGCAAGUCUACCACAAUGGCAGCUUAUUGUCUGAUAAAGUGAUUAAUGGAACCAUGUGCCUGGAACCAGCCGGGAGCUUGGUGCUAGGGCAUUUGCACAAAAUCCAGAACGGCAAUAUUGUUCGGAGCAGCAGCAGCUUCAUUGGCAGCUUGUACUACUUUCAACUGUGGGACAGAAUCAGAGAGCAGAGUGAGUUAAAGACAUGUUCCCCAGGAAAUAUCGUCAGCUGGAGGGAGGAUUAUUGGCACUUUGACAACAUAGUUCCAAUCGCUGACCCUCAACUGCGCUGCGGCUCAGAGGAAGCAUCAUCAACAGCUGCUACUACAUUAUCUCCACCCACAUCUACUAAUGGUAGCACUCCAACUUUCACUGGAGAUGCAACAACUGAAGAUACAACCAUAGCUGUUCCUGGAUAUACUACUAUACAUUAUACAACCAUAUCUGUCCCUGAGCCAACAGAGAUGACAAGAGCCGAAUCCUCUACUACUGCUGCAACACCUCAAGCACCCGAGACCACAUUAACGGUUAACCCGGAUGGGACCACAUAUACACUCCUAUCCUCUUCCACAACAUCAACGCCCAGUACCUCAGUUACCGUGCCCGGGACUACGCAGCCAUUGACAUCUGCCGGGACCACAGCGUCACCCACCUCCUCUUCCACAACAUCAACGCCCAGUACCUCAGUUACCGUGCCCGGGACUACGCAGCCAUUGACAUCUGCCAGGACCACAGCGUCACCCACCUCCUCUUCCACAACAUCAACGCCCAGUACCUCAGUUACCAUGCCCGGGACUACGCAGCCAUUGAUAUCUGCUGGGACCACAGCUUCACCCACCUCCUCUUCCACAACAUCAACGCCCAGUACCUCAGUUACCGUGCCCGGGACUACGCAGCCAUUGACAUCUGCUGGGACCACAGCGUCACCCACCUCCUCUUCCACAACAUCAACGCCCAGUACCUCAGUUACCGUGCCCGGGACUACGCAGCCAUUGACAUCUGCUGGGACCACAGCUUCCCCUACCUCCUCUUCCACAACAUCAACGCCCAGUACCUCAGUUACCGUGCCCAGGACUACGCAUCCGUUGAUAUCUGCUGGGACCACAGCGUCACCCACCUCCUCUUCCACAACAUCAAUGGCCAGGACCUCAGUUACUGUGCCCAGGACUACGCAUCCGUUGAUGUCUGCUGGGACCACAGCUUCACCCACCUCCUCUUCCACAACAUCAACGCCCAGUACCUCAGUUACCGUGCCCAGGACUAUGCAGCCAUUGACAUCUGCUGGGACCACAGCUUCACCCACCUCCUCUUCCACAACAUCAAUGCCCCGUACCUCAGUUACCAUGCCCAGGACUACGCAUCCGUUGAUAUCUGCUGGGACCACAGCUUCACUCAAACCUAAUGAGACUGUUCCUACUUCCAAACCUGGUGAGGCAACAUCACAACCUAUUGUAACUACAUCUACCACUAAACCUACUUGUAUUUUGCCUGUUUCCAGAACAACAGUGACAACCUUAUCUACAGAUACCAAAUCCACAUCUGUAUCUACACCUGAUCUGUCCACUACAGUAAAAUCAGAUAAAAAAGUUACCUUCUAUGACAUCAAAAUGAACUUUUCUCUCUUGUAUGAAACUCAGAGAACUCCUGAUUAUUAUGAUGCAAACAACCUUGCUAAAAACUGGUUCAAUGCCAGAUUUCCUGAAGGUGAAUGUGUUGUGACAGAUUAUUAUGUAAAAACUGCAGGCAGAUAUAGGAAUAAUUCUUCAGGAGGAAGUGUCCAUGGGAGAGCUGAUAUGGAAGAAAAGCAGAAUUCACAAAGCUAUGCCUCCAAAGCCAUCAUAAAAGCCACAUCCACUCACCCACAAGAAGACUUGAUCAUCAUGAUAAAAGAAAGGUUGCAAAGGACGUACAAAGAGGGGCCCUUCUCUGUGGAACCUGAAGAUAUGAUUGUCAGUCCAAUUGCUCCAGGUACUUGCCCAGAAGAAUGUAGGUUAACCUACAAAGGGAAAUAUCUGUGGACACAGACUAAUCCUGCUAGCACAACUGAAUUAAGAUGUGAGAAAAAUUCUAAGCACUCUGCCACCAGGAGUUGCAGGAUAAAUAUUAAGAGUGGGAAAGCUUAUUGGGGAAGACCAAAUAUGACACAAUGUAAAUUGCUGGAAGAAAAACUUCCAAAUAAUAUUGUGGGUCUUAAGAACAUUACCAUAACAGAAGAAAAUGCAGAGGAUGUUGCAGAGCACCUUUUAAAUCUGAUGAAAAACUUUACUAAAUUGGAUGAGGUAGAAACUGAGGUUAUUGUAAACAAACUCUCGGCUAUUUCAAAGUGUGAUGAGAUAAGCGAGACACUUGCUGAGAUUAUAUUAAUAAUACUGAACUCUGUUUUGCUGAAUGAAAUGAAUACACAGGACUUGCAAACAGCCACCAAUAGAGUCUUAAGGACAACUGAAGAGAUAGGUUUCAAGAUGCCUUAUACUGGGAGAAAUAAAUCAGUAAUAUUGGCUGUACUGGCUUUGGCUGUGAUACGUCCAGAUCCCAGUGGUUUCCAAGGAGCAGCCUUUGGUGUUACAUCAUAUAAGAAAGGCAUUGAUCUCACGAUUGAUAUACGUGAAAAACCUUUUAAAAAGGCUUGUGCUGCUGUGUUUUUGCCAAGAUUGCUGAGGAACUACUUGGGGAGCCAUUCUUCAGCUCCAGGACAUUAUUCAAAGAUUCAGUUUAUUUUUUUUGGAACAACUUCGUUCUUUGUGGAUGACAGUUGGAGGAAUGAAAAGUUGAACACCUAUGUUGUGAGUGCCAGCAUUGAAAAUGUAUCAAUUCACAACCUCAGUGAGCCAGUGAAUAUUAUUCUACAGCAUAUAGAACCAAACACGGACAAUGCUACAGUGCACUGUGUGUUUUGGGACUUUAUGAAGAACAAUGGACUGGGUGGUUGGAAUACAUCAGGGUGUGAAGUGAAACACAAAGAUAUGUAUUACACAAUCUGUUAUUGUAACCAUCUUACCCAUUUUGGAGUGUUGCUGGACUUAACCCGGAGAAAGAUAGAUGGUGUGAAUCAUCGCAUAUUAACUCUGAUAACCUAUGCAGGAUGUGGAGCCUCUGCCCUUUGCUUGGGGGUAGUGCUGGUGAUGCACCUAACUCUUGACAAGCUUCGCAGAGAUUAUCCUUCAAAAAUCCUGCUAAAUCUCUGCACUGCACUGCUGAUGCUAAACCUGAUAUUCCUGGUCAAUUCCUGGCUGUCAUCAUUUAACAACCGUGGCCUGUGUAUCACAGUGGCUGUGUUUCUUCAUUACUUUCUGCUUGCAGCCUUCACAUGGAUGGGCCUGGAAUCUCUUCACAUGUACUUUGCUCUCAUCAGAGUCUUCAGUACAUACAUUCCAAACUAUAUACUGAAAUUCUGCAUUGCUGGGUGGGGAAUACCAGCUGUUGUAGUUGCUACUCUCCUCAUUAUAAAUACGGACUUUUAUGGCAAGAACUCACUCACUUUUUUCUGCUGGAUUCAAGAUGAUGUUGUCUUUUACAUCUCCGUAGUCGCCUAUUUCUGCUUAAUAUUUCUGAUUAACAUAGUGAUGUUCAUCAAUGUUCUUCUUCAAAUUCAUAUCAUGAAAUCAAAGCAGCAAAUAAAAUCCAAGAACUGGAAGCAGAGCUUUCUUCAUGAUCUGCGGAGCACGGUCAGCCUAUCAUUCUUACUCGGCUUAACCUGGGGUUUUGCCUUUUUUGCCUGGGGAUCAGCAAGGAUUUUUUUCUUGUAUGUCUUCGCCAUUUGUAACACACUGCAAGGGCUCUUUAUCUUUGUAUAUCAUUGCCUGAUGAAAGAGACGGUGAGGAAGCAGUGCCGAGUGCACUUUUGCUGGGGGAGGUUUCGGCUCAAUAAUUAUUCUGAUUGGAGCAGGGCAGGAACAUCUACGGGAUAUAAACCAAAAAAUUUAGAGCAUAAACUAUCAUCACAUUCUUUGAAAUCAACCAAGUCUCUGAAGUCUAAUGCAACAAGCUCAACUUCCAAUGGUUCAGGCUCCUUACCGGAGACGUCUUUGGAUAUGGACUUGAGAGCAGCUGAGGUGCAAUACACCAGGCUCUGUAACUCCGUCUGCUUAUCAGGGAAAACAUCCUCGGGCAAGAAGAAUAUCACCUGUGGAUCUAUAACUGCACAGUACGCAGAAAACUAAGUUUUUGCAGUGAUACCCAACCUGUUUUUUUCUGCUUAGCUGAAGACUGUCCUUUUUUUGUGGCCUGUACAAAUAAAUGUUUGUCCAAGUAUUUAUUUUUUUAAUUAUAAAAUAAGCAUUCUGAAGAUUGUUAUAGGGCUAAAGUCCUGCUCAUGCAACCCUUUUGGCUUUAAUGGUGCACAU